AUGGCUGUGGUUAUGUAUGCGCCCGCAGUUGCGCUUGUUCAAGUGACAAAGUCGACGUUGUGGCCGUUCAUUCUGGGCGUCGGUUUUGUGAGUACGUUGUACACAACACUCGGUGGGAUAAAAGCUGUUAUAUGGACAGAUGCACUUCAGGGUGCUUUCAUGUAUGUGGGUCUGUUUACGCUCAUUAUCAAAGGCACCAUCGAAGUUGGUGGCAUAUCGAAAGUUUUCGAGACAAGUUAUGAAACGGGAAGACUCACGAAAGCUAUGGCACGAUUCAGUCCGACACCGUUUCAGGUGUUCUUUGGGUUUAUUCCUUCCCAGUUUUUUUUUCAUCGCUUGUGGAUGAUUCUUCUUUUAAUCAAUCAUAGAAUUCUUGUGAUGCGACGAGAAUUUACUUUUUCAUGCUGUCACUGUGAGUCAUCAUUGUUUUGUCACCGUACUCGAAUUGCUCUUCAGUAA